AUGCUAGAACGAGCUGCCCAGCGUCUAGAAACCGCAGGAGAAUUUCUUUUCCGCCAUUCCAAACGCCACGCUCGCACCCGACGAGUUUUGCAUCCGGAAUUCUGGCACCAUGGCGCUGCUCUCAUCGAAGCUCCCCUGUGGAGCUUUGAAUUCCUUCAACCGUUGCGUCCCUCCCCCAGCAGACUUUUACCAGCUGCGGAGCCAUCUUCCGUUUCUAUUAAUUACCUUCAAACCACCCAUUUGGAAUUCCUCUACCCACCAGAGACUCAGGUAUUCGCGCGAUCCUGUCUCCCACAUAUCAUCAAUGGUUCCGUCAAUUAUAGGAGGAAAAUUGUCGGUAGGGCUUAUUCGACGAAUUCUGUUGAAACUGCUGAGCCUCAACAACAUCAGCAUCAAGAAGAGAGAACACCAGAAGCCGAAACCAAGGAGCAGCAGAAUCAUGAAGAACUGGAGGAACUGGGACCAUCCGAGCUCGAUAGUGACGAGACAUUCCAAUACCAUGACCUCUACCAAAGCUCCCCAAAGCCUAUAGUUUAUCCUAAGCGGAGAGCAUCCCCCUUAUUGCCGUUUGUGAGGUUCGGGUUGGCAUAUUGUAAUUUUUAUCGCCGUCAGCGGGAGACGAUGUCGCGGGAACGGAUGAAGCGGAUGGGAUUGGAACAUUCUAGGGGAAAAAACAGCUUACGCACGAUUCUCACACGUGGGAAGGAGACCAAAAGACGACCGCGGAUUGGCCGGGAUGGGAAAAUAUUGGUGGAACCUAGCACUCUAGGCAGGCUUGAUCGAUAUCUUAAGGGGGAAUCUCCACGGAAUUAUCGAUCCGUAUGGAAGCUAUAUCAGGAAGUCAAGAGUCAGAAGCCAGAAUACCACUCCCGCGUCCUUGCCUAUCUUUCCGACUCCCGGGAUCCUUUGGAUCGCAUUCGUUCCAAAAUGACAUUUGAAGUAAUCGAUAUUAAACAUCGGACUGUUGAAGAUUACGGUCAUGUGACUAGAUCUUUGAUUCAAGAUGAGGAGAAUGUCGACUUUGUAAAGGAUGUUUGUAAGGAAGCAGUGUCAGAAUUAAAAGGAGAAAAGUGCUGGGAUAUCGCCAUGGCUGCGCUUGUGGAUCGGAUGAAGUGGAAAGAUGCAUUUCGACUUUGGCCACUUAAGCCUUAUCUCCCCGAAGACCUCCCUUUGAAACAGAUAAAAUUCCAUGAGUUAGCGAAUAUGCGCAGCUUGCUGGACAGAGUUUUGGGCUUACUUGAUAUGUUACGGGAUCAAAAGUUGGAUCUGUCGGAAGCUACACCAUUGGUGCAAUUUCUAGUUCAUCUAAUCGUCAAGAGGAAAACCCUUCUGAGACAAACUUCCCUUGAACAAAUUCUAUUACUGUUCUACAACCUUCGAUCCGUCCGUUUACUCGAGAGCCAACAUUUCUUCUGGGCGUUGUCAACGCUACGAUAUCUGGAUAUUGAAUUAAAGACCACUCGUGCACUCCAAGUGUAUUGGCAUUUUCGUGUGUUAAUGGAAACCACAAAGCCGCCUGAGAAAGUUCUCGCUGGACUUUUGAAAGUAGUGGCUGUCCUACAAAACACCGAAGCAACUAACCAGCUUCUCAGAGAGUUUCGGUUAUUCUAUGAAAAGCCGUCAGAAGAGGCAUAUCGGAUCGCACUUACGGCGUUUUCCAGACUGGGAGAUUUCCGGAGAGUGGAUAAUCUAUUCAAGGCCUACGUGAACCACUACGGCAACCCGAAGAGUCUCUAUUUUGUUAAUCCUCUUAUACACGUUAAUGCUGCGGUUGGGAAGGUUUUCCAAGCCCGAAAGCGGCUAGAAAGCCUGCCCAACCAAUUCUCGCUGAGCCCGGAUAUAACUAGCUGGAAUAUCCUCCUCACCGCCCAUGCGAAAUCUCGCGAUAAGCCAGGUGCACUAAAAACUCUUCAGGAAAUGAUGGACAGGGGAUUAAAACCAGAUUCCCAUACCUUGGGUAUUUUAAUGGGUCUGUUUGCCAAGGAUGAAAGUGUCGAAACCGUAACGUACUUCUUGCAGUUUGCUAGAAGGUAUAAUGUUCGGCUGCACAUGGCAAUGCUUCACCCGGUAGUUGAGUCGCUGUGUAAAGAUCGGAAGUAUGACGCUGCUGAGAAAUUCGCGGAUUCGGUGAUGCAAUUAAAGGCUCCUGGUCUUACUACCCGGAUGUGGAACGUUAUCCUUUGGCACUAUGCAUUCCUUCCUGAUAUCGAUUCAAUGUUAGCCGUGCAUGAUCGCAUGAGAAAGUUAGGGGUGAGAUUUGACGAAAUGACCUAUGCUGCUACGAUUCUAGCGCUUGUUCGCACUGGAAACCAUGACGAUGCGAUUCGGCUCAUUCAAAGACUGGAGGCCGGUCGCCAAGUUCCUGUGACACAAUUCCAUUAUGCUAUUCUUCUGUACGGCUAUGCCUUGGUUGGAGACGAGGACAUGAUUGAAUAUACCCAGAGAGAAAUCGUCAGGAGAUUCGGGCAUUUGAGCCUUAGCGCGAGAUUGUCGAUUCUCAAGGGGAAAGUUUUGAUGGACAAGAGACUGAUUGAAGAAGGGUAUUACGUUGGGUACAACAACGAAGUUAGACUGGUGAAUGCGGAAAAUUUCCUCGAUUCAAUCAUGAAGGAUUUUAGUAUUAGAGAGUGGGCUACGAAAGUCCCCCAACCUGGAUCCAAAAAGAAGGCGGUCCGCGAUGCGUUUCCUUAUGCUUUUUACGAGGAACUCAUCUCAGCUUACAGAAAUUAUGACGCUACCAUCAGACCCAAGGAACUAGCUGAGAAGCUUAAAAGAAAGCAAAACAAGCUUGUCGAUAAUCCCAAGCUUGUCUCUCUAAGUCAGUUAGCCAACAAAAUGGAGCUUCAUCUUCGAGAUAGAAAUUUUGAGAUGGUCGAGAAGCUCUGGAGGCAGGCGUUCGAUCAAGCCAAACUCGGAUCAACAGUUACAGUCUCUGUCAUAUUUAAUAAUGCCGGAAUUACUGAUAAGCAUAUCUCGGCGCACUCCAUGUCAACUUCCCAGAGGUUUUCUCUCUCCGAGUGUCUCUCUAUCCUCAUGAAAUCCUACGCAGAGCAAAAUCUCCACUCCAAAAUCGCCGUCGUUAUAUCUGAAGUUCAAAAGGCGGGUUUCGUCCUGACCACUCACGAUUGGUCGUACUAUAUUGAACUGCUUGCUGUCUCUACACGGCAAGAAGACAGACUUAACGCUUUUAUCCUCUUUGAAAAGUUGUUUAUCCCCAAUUACACUGGCUGGGCGCAGGUAAGAGCGAGAUCGACAGCGCGACCCAAACAUACCCCCUCCACAUUCGCUCUACAGGAAGACAGAAAUUAUUAUUUCCCCCAUCGACCUGACCAUAUGGGCAGCGAAGAAAGUUACGCUUGGUCAAAGCUUGAACCUGAUCACAUGCAGCCAUCCUACGAUACUAUUGUUCGGCUCGCUGCUGCCUUGGUUGAUGCCAGGGCUCGUUCGGUAUUGGAUGCUGGUGAGGAGGUCAACGCUAUACUGUUAGCUGCCCCGAUGACUAUGAUUGCCAUGGGGAAUGUACACGACCCCCAGGGUGGUUUUGGACAGAUUUUAAAUGAGGCUAAACAGGUAGUGCACUCAGGUCCUGCAAAGCCAGUUAUGGAGCCUGGGUUUCGCGACCAUGAGGAGUUGAAGUCCGAGAUUUCUCGACAGGAAGAAGUGAUGAAAGAUGCAGACACCAGUAUUGCAGUUCCAUCUCCAUACGACCUCAUCCCCUUACCCGACGGUGCGCCGAGGAAAUCCGAACCGGACAUGCAAAUGAUCAAAACGCUCCUGGAAGAAGAUGCUGAAUGGAGGCAGUUUGAAUAUAGAAGGCGAACCCAACGACGUCAAUUCCUGGAAGAAAAUCCACUUUUGAACGGCAUACCUCCACGAAUCCCACCCCAUUUACAUGGCGGUGGCCGCGAAACGGCACAUUGGCAAGUCCUACGAGAAUUGGGGCUCUUCAACACAUCCCACCUAAUCCAGCACAGCCACCUUGAGCUACCCGAGAGGCCGCAGAAGGAGCUAGAGGCAGAGAGGGAACAAGUGCACAAAGAGCGAAUUCUCUGGCGCAAGGAGGAAGCCGAGUGGCGGCGGAAAGUUGAGAGCGGUCGCUGGAACGACUGGAUUCCCCCGCGCAACAAGAGACUCUGGCUCAAGAAGAUAGACGCAAGGGAUGAACCGCUUAUUCUCCAUUAUCUACGUCUGGAAGAGGAUGCGUAUGACCUCAAGGAACCGUAUCGGAAGGAAUGGGUGUUCUGGUGCAGGCUGCAGAUCUGGAAGCAUAUGAAGGAGGAAGAGAGGGUCGAUUGGAAGCUGUACCAUGAGAAGAACCGGAGUAAGCGGUGGCGAGGGCUGCGAGAGUGGCGGGAGGAUCUUAAUUGGAUACGGAACAAGAUUCCACGGCCCGAACGGGUGGAUGGGGAGUUUGCCAGUGAUUGGGACAGCGAGGCUUAUGCCCUUCAUCACCAUGCGAAAACGCGUCUGAAUCAGAUACGGGAUAUGAUGGUGAAAAUUUACAAACUGGCUCAUCAGGAUAUUUGA